GGAUUACGUAGCUGCAUGUACACGUACGCUCUGGAGGAGGUGGCUACGAUUAAAUCGUCUGCGCCCUGGAAUGCCGCCACAGUGGUGAAGUUAUCACGACGAGACAACAAUUCCAUAUUGAAUUUCCCGAAGUGUUUUAAUUACACACCUACAGCGUCAUGGAUCACAAUCACAAUUCUAGAUUAAAUUACUUCUUUCAUACUCCAAGCCGUCCACACAUCCCAGGACCGGAAGAUCCGAAUGCAGAACUUCUUAGGUUGGCCAAUGCAUACCGGCCGUCACUUAUCAGACCCGAUAAUCCCAGCGUAAGUCCACCAGGCACUAGUGCAUCGUCCCCAAACAGCAUGAACUCCCCACCCGGUUUCAGUGCAUCCCCAGAAGAAUGUAACAUGGAUAAAUUGAUUACCACUUUAGCACAAGUCUGCAGUGGUAGUUUGAGUAUAUCGAGUAUAUCGGGUAUACCGGGUAUACCGGGUAUAUCGGGUAUAUCGGGUAUAUCGGGUAUAUCGGGUAUAUCGGGUUCCCGCAGUGGUAGAUUCUUACAAGCUAACGAUAUAUGCAAGGAUUGUACUGAGAUACUUUGCGGAAAGUGCUCUAGGCGUCAGCGUUUGAAUCUUCCGGACGCAGAGAACGGGGCCGAAUGUGCUCCACCGCAAGAUGCACCGACGGAGGUACUGAACCCCGCAGUCGUUAAUCCAAAUUUGUCUCUUUUACAAAAGCCACUUUACUGCGAUAUUCAUCGUCAUGGUCAACGAUUAUUUUGUCAGACUUGUUGCGCACCUAUUUGCGUUGAGUGUGGAUUCCAACUUCAUCAGGACCACGCUACAAUUGAUUUCAAUAAAGCCAUUGAAGAAACUUGCAUUCAAGCGGGCCAGGUACUGAAAGACGCUAAGCUUGGAGUUUCGAUCCUCACGGAUGAAUUAGAUAAUGUGCAAGUAGCGGCAGAACUGUUAGAUCAAAAAGCAAGACAAGCAGCUGCAGAUUUGACGAUGUGCACGAAAAGAAUAGCUGCCGCUUUGGAGGCGAGAGAAAGAGAACUGUUAGACAGUAUCGAGAAAGCCAGAAUUGAAAAAUAUGCUGCGCUACAGGAAAGAGAGGAGGGGAUCAGAAAUGGAAUAAUGCGACUAACUCGAGCUGCUGACAAAAUUAGUGAACUUAUAGAGAACAGAGCUUAUAUUAACAAUCCAAUGAAUCUAACAAUUACCAAGGAUAUGGCUUCAGCUGAGAUUUUUCAAAUCUAUCAGAACUAUCGAUCCCUUCCAUCUCAUGAUGAAAACUGGAUCUCUUUCAAUGCUAUGGAGAUGAAUGUAAUGGGCGCUAUAGCAAGUUUUGGAAGCAUUAUGGUGAAUAAUCCGGGACCUAUAGGCGAUCGACGACCUCUGAGACACCAUGAAAGUCCGCGUCCUAUGCUCUUUGAAUAUAGAUACUGUUUUUUAUCAGUUUCACCAAUUGGAGGAAGACCAAUUGCUUUAAGCGAUUCGCCCGUCGUAGUAAAUCGAGGCCAUGAUGUGCCAAUGAAAGCCCCAACAAUAAUUGGAAACAGCGGUGAUAUUGAUGACAAUCUGUGCCGACCAUGGGGCGUAGCAUGUGAUGAAAAAGGACAUAUAGUCGUUGCAGAUAGGUCAAACAAUCGUAUUCAAAUAUAUAAACAAGAUGGUUCCUUUCUAAGAAGAUUUGGUGCAUAUGGUACCGGACCAGGAUACUUUGAUCGCCCGGCUGGCGUAGCCGUCGAUGCACGUCGCCGUAUAAUUGUAGCUGACAAAGAUAAUCAUCGUAUACAGAUUUUGACGAUGGAUGGCCAAUUUCUUCUAUGUUUCGGCGAAAAAGGCAGCCGCUGUGGUCAAUUCAAUUAUCCAUGGGAUGUGGCUGUGAACGGCGAAUGCCAGAUAGCCGUGUCCGACACUAGAAAUCAUCGCGUCCAGUUAUUCAGUCCUGAGGGCACUUUCCUACGAAAAUACGGCUUCGAAGCCUCGCCGAAUAUGUGGAAGCAUUUUGAUUCACCGCGUGGCGUUGCUUUCAAUCCCCAAGGCAAGGUUGUUACCACUGAUUUCAAUAAUCACAGACUAGUGGUUAUCGAUGCCGAUUUCGUAACCGCCAAAAUUUUCGAGUGCAAGGUCGCUGGUGGUAACAAACAGUUCCUGAGACCACAAGGUCUGGCGAUCGACGAUGAUGGAAACAUUAUCGUAGCUGACUCUAGAAACCAUCGAAUACAGAUAUUCGACAAGUCUGGUAUGUUGAUAAAACGAUACGGCAGCUACGGUAAGGGCGAUGAAGAAAUGGACAGACCAUCGGGGAUAUCUUUAUGCCCCGACGGUAAAAUCGCCGUCGUAGAUUUUGGUAACAACCGUCUCCUUCUUAUUUAAACGAUCGAUCGGUUGUAGAAAUAAGAGAGGGGAUGGCGGGAAGAAGGCGGCAGUAAGAAUAAGAUUUUAUAUAUGGGGGAUAAAGAAAAAAAAAAAAAAAAUUACGCGACGAUUGCGAACACAACAACUGUUUGAUAUUUUAGAAGCAAGCGUGUAACGCUUUAGUCAGACAAAUUAUUAGAGACAUAUUUUCUUACUAAUUAUAUAUUUUAUGAAAAUCCGUAUAGAUUCUUUUCGAAACUUCGGAUUGUCUAUGUGCCAAAUACACAAGUACAAAAAAAAAAAAGAAACUUUCAGAACUUUUCGUUCUGAAAUCAUAUCGCUAUGGAUGUUCUCAUCUGUGGCGAAUAAGCACAACGUGGAAAUAACGUUUCUCUAUAGAUGUUCCGUUUGGAGAGGAAUAUUAUUUUUACGUUAUUACGUACUUAACGUUAUCUGUAAAUUCA